AUGCUGGGAUUGGACGUGUGUGAGUUUGGGGGUCAGGUGCUGGAGCUGCUGUGGCUAACUAUGUGCUACAGAGGUCUGAUGUCUGACAAGGAUUUGUCCAUCGCGGAGGAAGACGAUGACAGGAACCUCAACUACAACCCUCCUGCCCAGAAGUCUUUGCAGGAAAUUCAAGAUUUGGACAAAGAUGAUGAGAGCCUGGUCAAAUACAAGCAGACCCUGCUGGGAAAUGAGCCAAUGGCAGUGUCCUCUGGGCCUAAUGUCGAGGUGACCAGACUGACCCUGUUGUGUGAUGAAGCUCCUGGAACAAUCGCCAUCGACCUGACAGGAGAUCUGGACACUCUGAAGAAGAAGAGCUUCACCUUAAAAGAAGGAGUGAACUACAGACUAAAGAUACACUUCAAGGUGAACAGAGAAAUUGUUGCUGGCUUGAGGUACCAUCAUGUGGCCACCAGGAAAGGACUAACACUGGACAAGGUCUCGUACAUGGUGGGAAGUUAUGGCCCACGGGCAGAGGAGCACGAGUUUGUGUCCCCGGCUGACGAGGCACCCAAAGGCGUGAUAUCACGUGGCCAAUAUCAGGUCAAGUCCCGCUUCACCGACGACGACAAGAACAUCUACUUGGACUGGAUGUGGUGCUUCGAAAUCAAGAAGGACUGGGAUGAAUAGAGGGAGACAGUGAGAGGGAUGGCACUUCUCUUUUUCCUCUUCUUUCACUCCAAUUCUUCACCUUCUCUUUUCAAUUCCCCUCUUUCACCCUGUUCCACCUUGUCCUGUGAGAGCAGCUUUGCAAUAGCUGAAACAGGAGGCUGUGCUUCUCUUCUUCUUUCUCCAUCUUCUCCUCUUCUAUCCUAUCCUCUACUGCAGGUCUCCUGAAACCCAUGAGCAAACUGGGACUUUUA